GCUGCACUCACCUUUUUUCCUUUCCCGCGUUGGGAAUGGAGGCUCGUGUCUGACACCCGGCCUCCAAGCUGGCUUCUUUUAUAUAUUCACCUGCCUCACCUCUCCUCCUCUGCCCAUGCUUCCGUUUCCUCCUCAUCGCUACGUUCUUUGUUCCCAGCAAACCUUUUCGACUUUCGUUCCUUUUAGUCAUUCAUUCACUCUUUAAUUCUGAUCGCUCUUUAUUUUCUAUACCGUGGUACAACUCUCGUUUCCUGUGCCCAACACACCCUUGUUCAGCAACACAUCAUCACCAAACGAAACUUCGACUGCUUUAACUAUUCACUUUUGCUUCCCAGCACCUAUUUAAUUCUCUACUUCGCUAGCAUCACUCGCCGGCGACCUCUUAUUAUCGACUCUUUCUCUCGUCACAUUAGACACCUUUUCUUCUGAGCACCGCUGAAUUCUCGUUCGACUGCUCCCUCUCUACACCAACCAAAAAGCACCCAACCGCUUUAAUAAUAUCAACAAAAAUGGAGUCUACUCAGGUCAAGAACAACGUUGUCUUGUUCUGCACUCGUGUUCAGAACAUGUUCCAGCGCUACCGUACCACCAAGCCCAAGAGAACCCUUGAGAUUUCUGCUCCUUUCGAUCUCAAGCUCGAGCCUGUUUCUCUCCCCGGAGUUUCUCAAGAUGAGCUCGCCAUUCUCCGCGACCACGCCGCUGCCAGCCGUGUCGGAACCAUCGAAACCGUUCCCAGCUCAUCUUCUUCCAUGACUUCGUGGGAAUCCCGCCACAACAUCUCUGCCAGCCGCGCUGCUUGGUAGUUGGGCUUAUUUCUAAACGACAUGUCGUGCAUAGUCUAUAAUGUGCACGCCUUUCCACGACAAUGAUGAAAAUAGCCCCAUAUACCCCGACAACACAGCUCACUCCCUGUUCUUGUCAAACCUUCAUACAUUGUCAAACCAUGUUUGGGCUGGUCCUUUUGGUGCGGAACAUGUAUUAUUAUUAUUAAUCAGACGGCGCAAUAUCGAACGAGGUUGACCGGAUUGUGUGCCCAGUCAUGAAAACGGUCGUUUGUUCGGACAACGGUGUACAGGGUGUCAGGUCCCCUAGUUUUGCGUUUUGAAUAUCAAAAUUGACAUAAUUAUUAUCUUUGG